AUGGCGCGAACACCUGGAGUUUCAACGCAAAUGCCUGUUUCGCAAUAUCCGUCUCUGAUGACUCAACCGCUCACGGACAAUGGCAGUAUGGUGAUGACGCCGAUUAUGGAUCUUCAGUCAAGAUAUCAUGCAAGCACGACAACAACUGGCUCCGAUACGUCGGCGGAAAACGGGCCCGGUUACCGUAAACCGGUGAUACCGAAACAUAUUUUAGAGAGCCAAAUUAGACUCAAUCGAUUGGCGAAGAGUGUGCCGGAUGCGAAAAAGCUGACGAGGGCGAUGUCGGCGAUCGAACGAACCGCACCGAAUCGGACAGAGGAUAACAUUGAUUAUAAGGAGUUUCUUGACAAACACUACGAGGAUAUGAGGCCGGGGAUUCAUAAAAUAAAAUAUCGAAAAUCCGAAUACCAGACAGUGAUUCAAGAAGCGUCCGCAAUCUUCGCUUCAGAGAACACUCUGAUUGAUGUUGAUCCACCCUGCGUUGUUGUUGGCGAUUUGCAUGGGCAAUUCAAUGAUCUUAUCAAUAUGUUCCUACUGCUUGGAAGACCGCCAGAUACUGUUUACGUGUUCACAGGGGAUUACGUCGACCGCGGAAUGAUGAGUAUUGAAUGCAUAAUGCUUUUAUUCGCUUACAAAAUUUCGUAUCCUGAAAAUAUUUUUUUGCUUCGCGGAAACCACGAGAUUGCCAGAGUCAAUAAGAAAUAUGGGUUCUACGAGGAAUGCAUUUCGUGUAUUCCCAAAUACGGCGAAGAGAUUUGGGCUGAAUUUCAGCGUUGCUUCAACAAUUUGCCGAUUUCAGCCCUAAUCGCCACCAAAAUUCUGUGUAUGCAUGGCGGUUUGUCGCCAUCGCUCGUCACAUUAGAUGAGCUCCGCGAGCAUCCGAAACCAAUUCGGAAUCCAUUUCGCGGAAUCGUGAACGACAUGCUUUGGUCUGAUCCCGAUUUGGCGGUUUAUGAAUGGCGCACGAGCACUCGCGGGUCAGGAUUCACCUUCGGAACCAAUGUGAUUGAUGAUGUUUGCACCCGAUUGGGAAUCGAAUUGAUCAUUCGUGCUCAUCAGAUGUGUUUUGAUGGAUAUUGGACGAUAACGAACCGCAAACUCAUCACGAUAUUUUCAGCACCGCUUUAUUGUAAUCUAUACAGAAACGCUGGAUGUGUUCUAAAGGUUGACGCCAAACUUUGUAUCCAACCAGUGUUCUUUGCGCCAGAAUCGCCCGCACUGAUAGCAACAAUUCAACAAAAGAAUCGAGUCUGGGACGUUUCAUUUGAUAAUAUUGACUAA